CCUCAUUAAAAGCUUCUUGGCUGCUGCUCCCAAGUCCUCUCAGCUCUCGAAAAUGGUUGUGUAAACAGAUGGUCUGUAAGACACGUUGACGUCGCUACCAUCGGAUAGUUCUGGCGGGAUAUCAUCACGUAUCUAAGGCCUUAAUUAACCGAAGAGUGUCAGUGUUAUACGAGGAGGUGUUUGUUAAAAAGUAAACCGAACAUACGGGUUCUUCAGAGGAAGCUCGGCUAAUUUGUUAGCUUACCACUAUUAGCAGACGUGCUGUGUGAUAUUCCACUUUUCUUUGCUUUUAAACACUCCGCUACAUAGUCUGGGACAGAUUUCACUUCCAAACCAGAGUAAAUAUGAUUAAUUUAGCUGGUGUGAGUUAGCAAGUUUAGUUAUUUUGGUUGGGGUGACAGUGGGUGCAGGAGGCCUGAGUCACACUUGCAGGACAAAUUGAGCCUAAAACACAAUUUAACAGUCUGACAUGCUCCUCUGGUCUCACGGUAUAUAUAUAUGAUCCACAGGGGCGUCAAAGGCAUUGAAGCUUUAGUAGUUUGUUAGAUCGCUAGGCUAUGACAUGGUAGGAGUGGAAGCAGCCUUGCCCACCAACAUCCUUUCAAAAUUCAGAAUCUGUUGGGGUGUUUUGUGGUGAUUCUCUGAAGGUCAGUCCUGUUUUGGUGAACCAGGACCAUCAUCAGUGUGUGCUGAUGUUGUGUUGCUGGCCUGCUCAACUGGAUCUGCGCAAGUUUCUUUCUGCCUGACCUCAGUUGGUCUUUUUCCUUAUCAAGUUACUGAACAACGACCACCAUGUCCGACAACCAGGGCAAUCUGAACAACAACGUCCCACUGAACAACAACAAUAACGGUGGGCCGAACCGGAUCCGGAACCCCGCGAUGAACCAGAACCCCCUGAUCAACGUGAGAGACAGACUCUUCCACGCCUUAUUCUUUAAGAUGGCAGUGACAUAUGCCAGGCUCUUCCCACCAUCCUUCAGACGAAUAUUCGAGUUCUUGGUCUUGUUAAAGGCAUUGUUUAUGCUCUUCAUCCUGGCCUACAUCCACAUUGCGUUCUCCCGCUCUCCAAUCAACUGCCUGGAGCAUGUGCGGGAGAAAUGGCCCCGCGAUGGCAUCCUGCGUGUGGAGAUCCAGCGCAACUCCAGCCGCGCACCCAUCUUUCUUCAGUUCUACGAGACGGAGGGAAUCCAGGGGCUCGUGAAGGAAUCGGAGGACGACGGAAGUGAAACCAGACAGCCAAUGGUGCCGGCAGACGCUGAAGAGGAGGAAGAGAUGACCAUGGAGAUGUUUGACAACAGCACAGUACGGUUUGAGCUGGACAUCGAGCCGCGGCUGAAUCCAUCGAUGAGCAGCGGUGUUCAUGGCUCCAGCCUGAAUGAAUCCCAGGAUCUGUCCUUCAGCCAGGCCCCCUCUAAAGGUAUGCAGCCGCUGAGGGAGACUGUCUCCGAGAUUGAGAUGCUAACUCGAGCAGUGUGGCCCCAAGAAGAGUAUAUUGUGGAAUAUUCUCUGGAAUAUGGUUUCCUUCGGCUGUCCCAGGCCACACGUCAGCGACUCAACAUCCCUGUUAUGGUGGUGACCCUGGACCCCAUGAAGGAUCAGUGCUUUGGAGAUGGUUUCAGUCGCUUCCUCCUAGACGAAUGCCUGGGUUAUGACGAUAUCCUGAUGUCCAGUGUGAAGGCUUUAGCAGAGAAUGAGGAAAACAAAGGGUUCUUGAGAAAUGUGGUCUCUGGAGAACACUACCGUUUUGUCAGUAUGUGGAUGGCUCGUACCUCGUACCUAGCAGCCUUUGUAAUCAUGGUUAUCUUUACCCUGUCCGUUUCCAUGCUGCUGCGGUACUCACACCACCAGAUUUUUGUCUUUAUAGUGGACCUUCUCCAGAUGUUGGAGAUGAAUAUGACCAUUGCCUUCCCUGCCGCCCCUCUUCUCACUGUCAUCCUAGCUCUUGUGGGGAUGGAGGCCAUAAUGUCUGAGUUUUUCAAUGACACAACCACUGCCUUCUACAUCAUCCUCAUUGUUUGGUUGGCGGACCAAUAUGAUGCCAUCUGCUGUCACACCAACACAAGCAAGCGCCACUGGCUUAGGUUUUUUUAUCUGUAUCACUUUGCCUUCUAUGCGUAUCAUUACCGCUUUAACGGCCAGUACAGCAGCUUGGCUCUGGUCACUUCCUGGCUCUUCAUUCAGCACUCAAUGAUCUAUUUUUUCCACCACUAUGAGUUGCCAGCCAUCCUGCAACAGAUCCGGAUCCAGGAGAUGCUGCUUCAGAACCAGCAGGUGGGCCAAGGAAACCAGACUGCAUUGCAGGACAAUCUUAACAACAACACUAGCAAUGCUGCGCCCGCCGGCCAGGGUAACGCAGCCGCUAAUGCGAACGUUAACGGCCAGGACCGGCAAGCUGCUCAGGAUCAACCUCAGCUUGAAACCCACAACGGAUUGGUGGUAAAUCCCGGUCUGCCCAUCGACCCAUCCAGUUCUGACCUCGACUGGAUGGCUGAGAUUGCCAUUGGCCCAGACGUUCUGUCUGUUACACACCUGGGCGAGACUCUUUUGGAGCCGGGAGGGAUCCAGCAGCCAAUGUCAGGUGUAACAGAGCUGUACAGUCUUAACACAGCAGGAGAGAACCAAGACGGAAACAUUAGCGCAGCCAAUGCUCCUGCGGUUGACAUAAAGGGGCGGGGUUGCGCUCAGGGUCUGGGGCCCCCUGGUGGCGGAGGUGGGCAGGUGGAAUCUGAAACGAAUCCCACUUCCUCCACAAUGACCUCACACACAGACUGCAGAGUUGCAGAAAUGUGCAUGGGUGCCACAGACUGGGACGACAAGGCAAAGAACAAAAGCGAGAGCUCGGACUCUCACUCCGCCCCAGCUUGAGUUGGGCACUCGGUCUCCACCAUUCGGAACAAAUGAAUCCACGCUCUGCAGUCGCCACCCCUCUCUGUAAAUUAAUCCAGAAGGCAUCAAGAGGAGAAGCUGUGAUGGAGCUUUAUUUAAUUAUUUAAUAACAUCCUGGAAACCUCCAACGUGAACAUGAGGAGGGCAGAGGCAGACUUCCGCCAUCUAGUCAUAUUCUUAAGAGUAAAUACGCAGUGAAUUGUCAAAAUGAUGCCAUGUUGUGAGGGUGUGAUAAUUUGGAGACUUUACAUGUGAAUUAUUUUUUCUUUUUCUUUUUUUCUUUUUAUUUCUUUU